AUGGGAGGAUCUAAAUCUAAAUCUAUAAAGAAACAUGCAAAAGUGGCAUUCACAGAUUAAGAACUAUAAGUCCUUGAAGUAUACUUCGAGCUGCUGAAAUGCCAUGAUUCUAAUAACGGAUUUCUGACAUAGAAAUCAAUGCUUCCAGAAUUCCCUGAGAAUCCAGACUUCUCUGUUAAAUUGUAUAACUGGAUGAUAGAAAGAUGUAAGAAUAAAUAAAUUGAUUAUACCAAUUUUGUCAUCACAUUGGAACUCUUGCUUAAAGAAUAGCAAGAAUAUUAUCUCAGCGAUUACAAAUUUAGAGUUCUAGAGAAAUUUGAGUUGUUUGCCUUGAUUAGUUUGGGUUGUCUCGAAAAUUCAAAGGAAUCAAUCAAUAGAUUCACAGUGAGUUAUUCUCAAGGAACUAUUGUUAUUAAGGAGCUAUUAAAUAUGUUCCAUUACAAUAAAGAAAUAAAAAAUAGUUAAAGAAAUGAUUUAGCGGCAAGAAGCGUUGCUAAUUCUAUUUUUGAAUAAAAAUCUUCUAUUCCAUUCAAUUAAUUUAUAGGUUUAGUAAAAUAGCAAUUAAUUUAUGCAAAUAAGAUGUGCAAAUAAUAUUUUACUAAAAAAUUUAUUGAUCCUUAUCUACAAUUUUAAAUUCCUUAAUUAACUUCCUCUAGUUUCAUAUUAAAUGAUUAAGUACUUGCUUUAUUGCAAAUGAGUUCUCCUGAUUUCAAUAGGAUUAGCUUAUUGGAUUUGAAAUUUUCAUCCUCAGCCACAAAUGACUUGGAAUACAUUACUGAAAUCAUUAUAGACUCAUAAUAGCCAUUAUUAUUCCUAUUUAGGAACAGAGAAGACGAAUCAUAAAAUGAUACAUUUUAAUAAUAAGUUUUUGGAGCAUACAUUAGUAUUGAUGAAACCAUUGAAACUCAUUUCAUAAGGAAGAGGGAGAAGGAUCCUAUGGGAAUCUUGUAUAAUCCAAAAGAUUAAAUAUCCCUCUAUUUUGGAGAUGAAAAAAGUUUUCUAUUCUCCUUGUUGCCCAAAUAUCAAUUAUUUAUGAGUACUUUUGAUGUCCAAUCUAAAUAAUGUUUUGCUUACAUAAAUAAUAGAGCAUUCAAUCUUAAAGUAGAUCAACCAUAUGGACUUGGUUUCGGAGGCGAUGGCAAAGGUAAUUUUAGGAUUUGGAUUGAUGAAAAAGUGAAUGGAAAUGCAAAAAAUAGAAUAAACAAUAAAUGUGAUUAAACUUAUGAAAUGGGAUAUUUAUUAGAGCCCCACAUAGAAUUUCUUAAUUUGACAUCCAUUGAAAUUUGGGGAGUUAAUUAUGAGAAAAAGCAUUAGAAAAAAUGAAUUCUAUCACCUAUUUUAUUAAAAGCAUCUUAACAUCAUAUAAACCAUAAUGAGUGUAUUUGUUGAAUAAAAAAAUUUGAAUAGAGUAUUUUUUUCUUAA